UAUAUAUAUAUUAACAUUUAACACCACACAAAAGGGAAAAAAAAAUCAACCAAAACAAACUUCAAACAUAACUUCUUUGUGAACCAAAUUGAUAUUAUGGCAGACCCUCAGAAAAUUCACCCUGUGCACCAUGAUGUUGAGGCACAAAACCACCCUUCAGCACCAUUGGUGCCAAGGAGCAUGUCCAAAUCUGAUGCAGGUGAUCCACAACGAGUAGUAGUACAACAACAACAACAAAACAUUCCUCUGAAGCAAACCAAGCCACCACCGAAGAAAAGAAGAAGCUGCUGCUGCAGGUUCUUCUGUUGGCUAAUAAGCAUAUUGCUGAUUCUGAUAGUGGCAAUUGGCAUCACUGUUGGAAUACUCUACCUUGUCUUCAGGCCAAAGCUUCCAAAGUACUCGGUGGACGAACUUAGAGUCACACACUUUGAUCUUGCAGACAACAACAGCUUAUCAGUGACAUUCAACUUGACAAUAACCGCCAGAAACCCCAACAAAAAAAUUGGAAUAGACUAUAGGGGUGGCAGCCACAUAAGUGCUUGGUACAUGGACACAAAAUUGUGUGAAGGGUCUUUGCCAAAAUUCUACCAAGGUCACCGCAACACCACGGUGCUUAGCAUCCCUCUUACUGGGAAAACGCAGGAUGCUACCGGCUUGCAAAGUACCCUUCAGAAUCAGCUGCAAGAAAGUGGGAAUGUGCCUCUCAAUUUGAAGGUGAAGCAGCCUGUGAGGAUCAAGCUUGGGAAGUUGAAGCUGUUCAAAAUCAAGUUCAGGGUUAGGUGCAAGAUUGUGGUGGAUAGCCUUAGUGCUAAUAGUUCUAUCAGAAUUCAGAGUAGUAGUUGUAAAUUCAGGUUUAGGCUGUGAUUUUUUUUUCUUAUCAUUAUAUAGCAUAUUCAUUAUAGGAGGAUAUGCUAAUUGCUUUGUUACUAUUUAAUUUGUUUCGUUUCUUUUAUGGUUUCUCAUAGAGAUUUCUUUUUAGAUGGAUUUUUCUCUUGAUUUCCAUCACCACUUUGAGAUACUGUUCUUGUACUUUUGAUUCUGGUUUUUCAGCCAGUUUUCCUACAUAUUAUUACAUAUAGCAUAUAUUGAUAUCCUACAUGUUUAAUGCUGAA